GUCACAUCCCAGGACUGAAAGGAGCUGGUUCGGAUCUGCGCACCGCAGAAACGGAACAACCCGCAGAGCUCACACUACUGCAUCUGGAAUCACCGCUGGAUUGUCUUUUUAUUAUUAUUAUUACUACUACUACCAUUUCUGUUCAGCCAUGAAUCGGAGACUACAACUGCUUCACUUUUUAAUCAGCCUGCCUCUCAUCAGCGGCACACCUUUCCACUACAACAUGUUCCAGGGAAACCCGUAUUCUGCCGCUGAGACGCGACAACGGAACAAAAACUGGUGCGCCUAUGUGGUGCACAAAAACGUGAGCUGCGCCGUCGUGGGAGGGACGGAGAGCUUCGCGCAGCCGGAGUUCUCACCGUGUCCUCCGGAGCUGCCAAACUGCGCGCAACAAGUGAUAUAUCGAACACAUUUCAGGCCUACUUACAAGAUUGGGUACAAGACCAUAACAGAACUGGAGUGGAGGUGCUGCCCGGGGUACCAGGGCCAAGACUGCAUGGAGGUGAAAGACAUAAGGCAAACCCAAGUAGAGCGUUUACCCCAAACCCCCUCUGCCUCUGGUUAUUUCCCAAAUCUACAAGCCUCUAACCAGAGGACAGCGGACCAGAGAAACUAUCCAUUUGGAGGAGAGUGGCAGGUUGGAGGUCAUGCAGGGGGCAGGACACAAGUGGGUCAAAGAGGGCCUGAAAGUGAGCAACACCUGGAGCAGGAGAUGCAGCGGCUGUCCCAGAUGGUCCUCGACAUGCAAGCAAGGAUGACGGACAUGGCCUCCAAUCUGAGGCUGGACUUCCAGGAGGACGCCAGUAAAAUGCUGGUCUCCCUGCUGGAUGAUUUCAAACAGCCCGCCAGUGCACGUGGCGCUGAGACCCAAACCGUUCAGGUGAAGGACUUCUCUUUGGACCACGAGACCACGCAGAUGGAUGACGUAAGGAACCAGCUAAACCAAGUCAUGUAUGAACUGGAGUCCAAGGGUAACACCCUGGAUGACCUGCUGGGUCGAGUGAACGACAACGAUGGACAGAUUMGUCUGUUGAUGGAGCGUGCUCAGACCCCUCCGGGCACACCCCCUCCGGCACCUCCAACCAGUGACGCAGACCUGCGAGCCUACUUAGACAGGAAGAUCAGCGCUCUUAGAGAAGAGCUGAUGGAAGGCAUGGAAAUCAAGAUGGCAGACUUAAAGAAUUCUUGUGAUUAUAAAAUCCUCUCAGUUCAAGAGCAGUGUGACGGACAGGAGACAAACUACGACAGCCUGGCUGAGCUCAUGGAAACAAAAGAAAGUGACCUCCGCAAUGAGAUCCAGGAUCUUAGGGCCAAAGUGGCUGAUCUGGGGCAGGUAGACUCUGGAGGCUCUUCCUCAGUUCUGGCUCGUCUGGAGAAGCUUGAAACUCAUUUGAACUCAUCGGACAGGACUCUAAAGGCUCAGCGCCUCUCUGUGGAGGAGAGCCUUCGGAACGAGCAGGACGAAGCUAUCAAAGACCUGAAGAAGGCUCUAGAAGACAAACUGGCUUUGAUAGAGGACAAAUGGGCMGAACUGUUGGUCGAUACAAGCAGCAACUUCCCUUCUGAUGGUAAAAACGAGAGCGCAGGGRCUCUGCAGGAAGACGUUAGGUCUCUAAAGGUUUCGGUCAAAGUUCUGGACCAAAGAGUCAAUGACAUAAAUAAUUUAUGCUCACAAGAGUGCAGAGCUAACAUGACUGCUCAGGAAAACCUUCAGCAAGACUUGGACAACUAUAAAACUGUAGUAGAUACCAUGAAGAAUAAUCUAAAUGUUCAGAUGAAUGAUGUUGAAUCCAUAAAGGGGCAACUCCUCAACCAUAGCAGCAGCCUUGAGGGUAUAAACGACAAGCUAAGUGACUUUGAGGGAUAUUUGGAAAGCAUGAAAGACUCCUUAACAAAUGYCAUACUCCAGCAGCCUCAAACACCGAGGGGCCUUAACUCCACCUGGGGUCACGUUAAAGCGGGAGCUGAGCAGGAGGCCAUCGAGCUUUUGGAGCUGCACAGAACCCAGCACAGUGAGCUGAGACAACAGCUGGACGAGCUGGGAAGAGAGGUGAAAGCGGGUGUCGCCCUCUGCAAGGAAACAACACAAGGUGUAGGGGAAGAGAUCGCCAAGCUGGACGACCGAGUCGUAAACAUGGAGACUUUGUGUAACAAGCUGGAUCCCAUCUCCAGCAGCCUCUUGAGGAUCAAAGAAGGCCUGAAUGAGCACGUCACCGAGCUGUGGACUUGCAUGAACCAGCUGAACAGCACGGUCGGGGCUCAUGCUCAUGAUAUUGGAGGACUGAAGGGAACGUGUCAGACCAUCCAGAACCUUCUGUCAGACGUGGACAGAAACRUUCAGGUCUUAAGGAACGGCUCACCUGGAAAUGAAGGUGAAGUGGGGGAGGUGGGACUUCAUCCCAUUUCAGGCACAAGUUUUGGAGUUUCAGCUGGCCUUGUGGACCACCGCCUCCCACAGCUGCCUGUAAUGGAGACUGGAGAGGCAGGCCCCCCAGGGAAAAUGAUGACCUCUGUGUUGCCAGAGGGGGCAGACGGCAGUAUGAUGCCUAUAAAGGGUUUUGCUGGAGCUCCAGCCCCUCCUAUCAAAUCCAAGGACUUCUUAAAGACCAGCGUACCUCUGAUCCCAGAUGGGGGUAUGCCUGUGAGACCUCCUCCACAGAAACCCGCCACAGCUACAGGUGASAAGGUGUCGUUCUCCGCCGGCUUAACUCUCCCGCGGUUUCAAGAAGUCGGAAUCAUUCGAUUCAACAAGGUGCUCGUCAAUGACGGGGGACAUUAUGACCCACAAACAGGUAUCUUCACUGCUCCCACAGAUGGCCGUUACCUGGUGACAGCUGCACUCGCAGCCCAGGGGGGUGAAAAGGUUGAGGCCGUGCUGUCAGUGUCCGAUCGCAGCAUCCAGAAGCUGGACUCGGCAGGUUUCCUGUCUGAAACCCAGCCACCGCCAUCGCAGUGCGGCUGCAGCGGGUCGACGUCGCUGAGUUUGGUCGUUUCAAUGAGACGAGGAGACCGAGCAGGACUCGUCCUGACUGCCGGAAAACUCGCUGUUUCAGACUCCCCGCAGAUCCUGUCAUCGUUUAGUGUCGUGCUUCUGUACGCCAACCCAAUGAAACGGUAGCUACUUCGACACUUUACUGUAAAUACACCUGAGCUAUGAGGUUCACUGUGUUAAAUUAUGAGAGGAGGGAAGGACAAAUGUAUUUAUGAGCCGUAAACAAGGAAGUGAGUGAAACGGUCUCUAAACAUCAAAUAGGAUUGUCUGCAUUGUGAGUAAUAUAUAGCUUUUAUUGCAAUAAUAUUAGUUUUUUGUUUUAUCUUUUCUUCAUAUUUUGCUCAAAUAAUCCACAGAAGUUGAUCACAUACCUUGAUUGCACUGAAACGCAAAAAAAGAAAAAGAAAAAAAAAAGCUUUGCCUGUCAUUUUAAAAGCAGCCUUUUUAAUAAAACCAUUCAACAUGACAUAUUUUCAUUGUUCCACAUUAUAUCUACCACCUGUGCAGAGAAUAUCCRAACAGUUAUUAAAGUGAUUUGUAUCGUUCGA